GAGCCUUUCGGAACCAGGAGUUCCCAGGCUGAGCCAAGCACCACACGUCUUCCGCCAUGGGGUUGGGCCCACGGGGGCAGAAGAAGCUUCCCGAGGGCUCCUGGGGAUCUGGUGGUUGGGCGGCUGGCAGUGGCAAAUAUCCCCAGCCCACCCUGGAUCAGUGCGAGAAGAUCCGGCAAGACUUCCACGAGCUGCUGCUCCGGAAGUACGGCAGCAUCGCGGGCGCGUGGAAGCAGAUCGACGUGAACCAGGAUGGGAAGCUCUCGUUCUUCGAGUUCCUCCGGGCGUGCCAGAGCCUGGGGGUUGGCAAAGGCGCACGCCAGAUCUUCGGGGCCUUGGACCUCGACCGCAGCGGCUUCAUCUCCAUGUCCGAGGUGGACGCGCCGCUGGCGGAGAUGAUGACCAGCCUCGCCGUCACCAUCUGGUCCGUCUUUGGGACCGUGGAGAAGGCUUGGCGCAGCUGUUUCAACCGCCGGGGCGCCUUGCGAAUCUCUGAGGAGGAGUUUAUGGCGGCCACCCGCGAGCUCGGGUUCCGGGGCAACGCCUCCCACCUCUUCCAGGAGCUCGCGACUGAGCGGGCCAGCUCUGGGAUCUCCCGGAAGGAGUUCGGCUUUCUGCACGUCUGGAUCGCGGACGGGCAGCCGGACCGCAUCGGCAGCGCGGAGCCGGAGAGCCGCUGGGCCAAGCCCGUGCAGGAGUGGCUGCCGCCGGUGCAGGAAGCGGGCAAGACGGAUUGGCGGAAGCAGUUCAAGACGCUGCUCCUGAAGUCGUACCAGAACUACGUCCGCGCCUGGCGAAUGGGCCUAGACAGGGACCACAACGGGCAUUUAGAUUACAACGAGUUCAAGAUGGCCGUCAAGGACGUGGGCUUCGCCGGCCAUGCGCGAGAGCUCUGGGAACAGCUCGAUGAGAAUGGCAACGGGGUGGUGAGCCUUUGGGAGUUGGACCUGGCCACGGCGCAGCUCUUGAAGCAGUUCAACGACUGCGCGGAGGCAUCCUUUGGAUCUUGGCGCGCGGCCUGGAUGGAGGUCAUGGACGUGAGGAGCGACGACCGGGUGAAGAUCGCCGACUUCCGAUUCGGGUGCGACGCCAUUGGCUACAAGGGCGACAUUGUCACCAUGUUCGACCUGCUGGACGUGGACCGCACCAAGUUCCUCACCUGGAGCGAGACCGCCUGGAUCUCGGGCACGGAGGUGCCGAAGCCUGGGAGCACCCGCCUCGACAUCGGCAUGAAGAACAUCUCGGGGAGCUACACCAAGCUCACCCGGCAGCAGCAGCGCCGCGCGGACGCGGUGGCGCGGGACUUCCGGGUACGCACCAAGCGCUUCGAGGGCCGUGCACGAGGGGAGCUGCCGGACAGCUCGCCCAUGGCGGGCACGAGCCUCUUCUCGCCGGGCAUGAAGUUCAACGAGCACUUGCCGAAGAGCAGCUCCAGCCCCAACCUCCCCACCUCGAAAGGCUCGACCGCCACCAGCUGGCGCAACAACGAGCCGGAUCUGCCCGAGUGGCUGCUGGUGGCGGAGGGCAAGGUGGCGGUUCAGCAGAAGGAGAAGAUGGACCUCAGCUUUCCCAUUGCGCCCCAGUGCCCCGGCAAGGGCGGCUGGCCUUGUCGGAAGCUCCGACUGGUGGACAAGUUCUGGGGAGGGAGCAAGGACAUCGGGCAGUUGCUCACACCCCUGACCCGAGCAUCUUGCUUGCCUGAAAGCCUAGAAAGAUGGCAGAGGCAAAGCAAGGAGAGUUGACACCUUUUGGUGGAGCAGAGUUUCAAGCUGGCAGUGUCACAUAUGCAUAUGGGUGUGUCCUUGUUUCGGUGACCC